UUCGCUGAACUUCGGUCCGGAACGGUUUCUUGUGAUUUCGCGUACGACGAACCAGAUACGGGGUUUCCAAACAACAAACAGGUAUCUAUUGUUUUUCGUAUUUCAAAAACCGGCUUUCGGCUUUAUUAUUCAAAUAGUGCACGGCGCGUAUUACGUUCAGGAGUGUGUGUUAUUCGGCAUUAGCACUCUAUUGUGCAAUUGCUACAAAUUCGUCGGCUUCUCCAGCGCCCGACAAAUCCAAAGGGAAGAAUUUGUGGAUAAGGAAGAAGCCAUUCAACGAAAAGGAAAGAAAAAUCAAAGUGACGCUCUCUGGGAAUGUUCCGUUCCGAUUGCUAGUGUGAAUAUCCUAAGGGAAGUUUGUUAUUCGAUCCGUGAAAGUAGCCCAGUGGUGGCCGAGUGUUUUAUUGCAGUUUGCUAAUUUGGAUCGGUGGAAUUAGUGUUUCGGUGCGAAGUAUCCAAUUCACACAUUCAGAAACCGCAUUGUUCAAGACGUGAGGGAGGAGGUUCCAGAGGAAAAUGUCCAACAACAUCCAAAUCACGACCGACGAUAAGCCAUCAUCGGUGGUGGUGGGCAUGCCGGCGACCACGCCGACCAAACCACCGAUGACCGGCAUUCCGACGAGUCCGUCCCAUCUGCAGCUUCCAUCGCCGAUAAUUACGCGCCGAACCAGAACCGCUUCCACCUCCGACCGUGCCAUGAGGAAUCCCAUCGAGGAAGGAAAAGUCAAAUCAUUUAGCCGAAGCAAAGGUCACGGUUUCAUCUCACCCACGUCCGGUGGGGACGACAUUUUUGUGCACAUUUCAGACAUCGAGGGCGAGUACGUGCCACUGCCGGGAGACGAAGUUAGCUACCGAUUGUGCUCCAUCCCGCCCAAGUUCGAGAAGGUACAGGCCAUCCACGUGCACAUCACCCAUCUGACCCCGGAGAAGCACAGCAAGUGGGAGGAACGGGCAUCGCCCUGCAAGUCCCCGGACGGAAGCUCCCGACUGCUGCACUAGGAUUGGGCCCGCCGGUGGUCGCAGCACGAAUCCGUCUCAGGCUGCGAUCGUCAGUUUCUCCAGCUUCCGCCGUAGGGGAUUACACACUACUGUAGAAUGUGAGAGCUCCGGCCGAACAACUAUACUAAAACGGUAAACUGUGCUACUUUGAAGCGCGACGUUCUGUUUUUGCUUUCUAGAUUUUCCAGUAGGUUUUAUUCGUUUUCUAUCGUAUUAUCUUGUUAUGGUUUUUGAUUUUCACGCGGGUUCUAUUCACAUAUUUUUGUGAAAUAGAUGUUAUUCUGGAAGUACAUUGAAGGAAAGAGCAACACUCUGUUGAUUCGACACUUGCAAACUUCUAAAAAAAUCAAAGUGGUUGGACUAAAGUCUUUUAUGAAUCUGGCCAUUUCUCAAAUAAUCAAGCGAAUCUACGUUAUAUUUUUUAUUCUCUCCGGAAGAUAAAAUAACGAUUUCAGAAAGACAGAUCACUUUUAUACAUAAAAUACUUUUCUUUUGCUGUUUAUUAAAACAAUUUACCUACACACAAAUCCUCAUUUUGCAAAUCAUUGAAAAAAAUGUGCAACUGUCGAAUCUAAUGCCCUGCCUGCCGGCAUAUGUAUCAGAGAACCUUAGUAAAGCUGGAGUAACAUUCUAGGUUUGUAAGUAUGUUUCCAGUGAUUAUGAUUAGUUCUUGCUAUUAGCAUACCUCACACGUUCUUAAAGUACUAAGCCAGCGCCAUAAUGCAGAUUGAGCAUUGACAGCAUAAGUUGCAAUCGAAGGCUCUACUAGUAGGAUAGGGUUGUCUUUUUCGCUUUAACUAAAUUUGACCUAACCAGUCAGUCUGCACAAAAUGAUUACUCUACAACAAUAAAAAAAAACACAUCUAUUAGCUAACAGUAUGGACGUGAGCGAAUGAGAUUGCAUUGGUGACGUGAUUACAUUUUCACUGGAGGGUCGUUCAUUGAGUACGU